GUAAUUCACUAGAUAAUUCUUUUCAUCGGUUGGUUGUGUCCAAUCGUACCGUGGUCAAUCGGGACGCUCCAGAAAAGCAGCUGUAUCUCAUUCUAACACGCCAGUUGGUGGGAAUGUGAAAAAAAAACAGGAGAGUGCAUGGGAGAGAACAGAAGAGAGAACUGGAGAACUGUUCUAACCUCGCACGAGAUAUCAAAUAUAUGACAGCUCGAAAAAUAUAUUUAUUUUAAAAUGGUUCACGUAUGCUGCAUUUGCAAAUUACAUGCUGGUGCUAUUGACGAUGUUUCUUUCCAUAAGCAAAAUUCCCAAACAAGAAGAUAUUAAGCUACAAUGGUUUAAAAAUAUAGGCAGGGAAGUAAAGCAAUAUGCUACAGUUUGUAGCAAGCAUUUCAAAGAAGAAAAUUUUUGUUAUACUGGAAUUAAUAACAUUAAAAGAAUGUUACUACCAGGAGCUGUUCCAUCUUUAUUACUUACUCCUUCCAACAGGACUGAGGAAAAUAAUCCUUUAACUGUCUCUGAUAAAGAAAAUUGCAGCAACUUUGAAAUUACAGAAAAUCAAAUGACUGAUAACUGUGAUUUCAGAGAAAAUAUUGGAGAGUGUGGAAUAAAUGAUUCGCCAUUUAGUAUUAAUUCCACAGAAAAUACUUCACAAUCAAUAUUAAAAAGGAAUGCAAAUGAGCCAAAAAUAAAUGCAAAACGUUUGUAUAAUCUUCGAAACAUCGGAGAUUUACGCAGAGAAGAUUUUACUUCUAAUGCUAGUUGGCAACUCGACAAUAAUUUUGCUAAAAAGAAAAAAAUUUUAAUUUUAAUUUUGAUAAAAAAAAAAAAAAAAAGGCACUUUAAAAAAAGAAUCAAUCGCUUAGAUAAGAAAGUAAACAAUUUACAAAGAUUGUUAGAUCACAAGAAAAUGGAUUAAUUUCGAAUGAUGUUUCCAAUGCCAUAAAUGUAAGUUAGCAAUUUAGCAGCAAAUUUUAGCAAAAUCUGUCAACUAAUUUGUCAACACAUUAUAUACGUAUUCUGCCUUCAAAGGGUUAAGAUACAUGUAAUCUGUCGUUAUAAUAUGUACUUACAUAAUACAAUCAUAACGUUUGAACGAUUUUCAAAUAUUAAUAUAACGUUUAUGUAUUGUUGUAGUACGUAAUAUCUAUACUAUAAUAUCUAUAUUAUAAUAUCUAUAUUAUAAUAUCUAUAUCUAUAUUAUGUGAAUACGAUACUUUUUUUAGUAAUAAUGUUUAUAUUUAAUAUAUUUUUGUAUGUAGUCCGUAUUGUAAGCAAAUAUAUGUGCUAAAAAAUAA